GUAUUUUCUAGACCCUUGUUGGCCUUGCUCAAAUCCAAGCUUUCCAACACCAUGUCUGCUAGAAUACAUACCAUUUUGAUCAUCGGGGCCGGGGGUGGCAUUGGGGAGGCUGUAGCCCGUCGAUUCCAUGGCUUGGGCAAGAAGAUCAUUGUCACCGGACGCGAAGAGGAUAGAGAGUACUUAACCCAGUUGGCACGGGAUCUUCCGGGAGUCGGCUUCCGUGUGUGGGAUGUGACGCACCUCGACAAAUUGCAGAGCGAAGUUAAGAGGAUUCUGACUGCUUUCCCCAAACUCGACACCGUCUUCAUCAAUGCCGGAACACAAAGCUACUACGACAUCUUCCAGCAACCCACCGCCGACGCCGAGGUCAUCCGAGAACUGACGACCAACCUCACUGCACCCAUCUUGAUCUCUCAGGCUUUUGCCUCGCACCUCUUCGACCUCGCCCAGUCCGGCGUCAAGACCAAUCUCUUCCUCACGAGCUCAUCGUUGGCGUACUUUCCGGUGCCAUUCUACCCGGCAUACUGCCCAUCCAAGGCAGGCAUUGCCUCUUUUACCAAGAUCCUACGGAUGCAGUUAGAUUCCACCGGUAACAAGAACAUGAACGUGGUCGAGGUCGUACCGCCGUAUGUCGACACGCCGUUAAACGCGGCACAUCGGGUGCAGACGGAUGCGCUCCAGGGAGGCGAGGACAAGGCCGUGCAGCCCAUGCCGCUCGGCGAGUACAUCGACAAGUUCUUCACGGCUCUGGAGCAGACAAAGCCGGAUGGGUCUCUCAGCGACGAGGUUGGGGUCGGGUUCGGCGCUCAAGGCGCAGCCAUCUGGCACGAGAGUAACCGGAAACUGCUCAGCGCUUCGGGUAUGGCCGAUUAAGGGGGCCAUGAGAUAUCUAGACGCCGCUUACCGGCCAUUCCUAGGUCGUGGAAAUUACAAGGUCUUUUUGUUCGUUAGUAUGCGGCUAUGUUUUGUUGAGCCCGAUCUCCUGGUAAACAACGCCUCUGAAC